AUCGCUCAUUGCAUCGAGUUGUCCCUUGGUCUCCUACGGAACAAAUCAACUACCAAGCUGUUUUAAUUCAGUGCAAUUUGAAAUUUUCCAAGACUGAAGUAGUUCGUGUUAGUGCGAUUUUCUUCAGGCUUUCUACUGUGAAUAUAAAAGUUAUAAACUAGAUUUUAAUCUACAAUGGCCGCUUUGAUGGAACCACAUUUCGAAGCCUUGACCAAAGGUCUUGGUGGCGGAUUCGGUGGCAACCUUACGGUUGUAGACAAGGUGCCAGCUGAUAUGUUGCACCUUAUCGAUCCACAUUGGUAUCAAUAUCCACCAAUGAACCCAUUGUGGCACUCGAUUUUGGGAGCUUGGAUGGUCAUCCUCGGUCUCAUCUCUACCAUCGGUAACGGUUGUGUCCUUCUUAUAUUCACAACGACCAAGAACCUCCGUACCCCAUCCAACCUCUUCAUUGUCAAUUUGGCAUUCUCUGAUUUCUUAAUGAUGGCUACUAUGUCACCACCAAUGGUCGUCAACUGCUACUACGAAACCUGGCAUUUUGGACCACGCAUGUGCGAAGUCUACGCCAUGUUGGGAUCAUUGUUUGGCUGCACAUCUAUCUGGACUAUGACUAUGAUUGCUUUCGACCGUUACAAUGUUAUUGUCAAGGGUUUGUCAGCCAAACCAUUGACCAACGGAGGUGCUGUUUUGCGCAUUGCCGCAAUCUGGGGUAACGCUCUCGUAUGGACUCUCUUGCCAAUGUUUGGAUGGAACAGAUACGUUCCAGAAGGCAACAUGACUGCCUGCGGUACUGACUACCUCUCCAAAGAUUUGAAGAGCCGUUCAUACAUCAUGGUCUACAGUUUCUUCGUCUACACUUCUCCAUUGUUGUUGAUCAUCUACUCAUACUACUACAUUCUCCAGGCUGUAUCUGCUCACGAAAAGAACAUGCGUGAACAAGCCAAGAAAAUGAAUGUCGCUUCAUUGCGUUCGUCGGAAUCUCAACAAACCAGCGCUGAAUGCCGUUUGGCUAAGGUUGCAUUGAUGACCAUCUCAUUGUGGUUCAUGGCCUGGACCCCAUACUUGAUCAUCAACUUCGCCGGUAUCUUCAGCUUGGCUCAAAUUUCACCAUUGGCCACCAUCUGGGGAUCAUUGUUCGCUAAGGCAAACGCCGUCUAUAAUCCAAUCAUUUACGGUAUCUCCCAUCCAAAAUACAGACAAGCAUUGUUCAAGAUGUUCCCAUGUCUUACAUGCAACGACGAGCAAUACAACGACAACCAAUCGGCUGUCUCAGGAACCACCGCCGUCUCAGAUGAAAAAGCAUAAAUUUCUUAAACCAUUUUUAUGUCUUUUUUAUACAUUCUAUCUGUGUUUUUAUAUAAGGAUGCCAUGAUGAAGACUCUCUAUUGCGUUUAGCUUAGGAUUGAUUAACAAAUUUUUUUCAUACUGUUUGAAUUCAAUGCAGAAAACAGUAUUCGUGGAAAACUGUUGGAAACAAACCGGAGCCCUUAUUUUGUUGGUGCAAUUUGCGAAAAACAGAAAAAAAACAUAUUUAAUUUUUGACAUCUAAAAGAGUUGAUAUGACAAUACAUCUCCUCGAUUCGGAUAACAUUGUAGAUAAAUACUAAAUUAAAUGACAAACCAAAACUUGAAAUUUUUAUUUUGCUAUUGAUAUUUAAUUUGAAAUAUAUAAAAACAUGCAAGUUUGAAAUUGAA